CUCUCUCUCUCUCUCUCUCUCUCAGAAAAGAAGCUAUUUUCUUCUGAAAGAGAAAAAUCUCCUAAUAUCGAAACCAUGUCUGGGAUGUACGGGUCCGGCGGAGCGGGCGACUCUGCUCCGCCUCCCCGUGGCGGCGGCGGCUACGGUAGAGGCGGAGGCGGAGGAUAUGGUGGAAAUUCUCAGAACCGAGGCGGCGGAGGAUACGGAGGAGGAGGAGGAGGAGGAGGAGGAGGAGGAGGAGGUUAUCAAGGCGGCAGUGGAGGAUAUGGAGGAGGAGGAGGGUAUCAAGGCGGCGGCGAUCGAGGGAACCGAGGCGGUGGAGGAAAUCGGGGUGGCGGUCGUGGCGGUGGCAGCGGCAGUGGCAGAGAUGGCGACUGGCUAUGCCCUAACUCUAGCUGUGGGAAUCUGAACUUUGCAAGAAGAACUGAAUGUAAUAAAUGUGGUACUCCGAGUCCUGCUGGAGCAGGAGAUCAGGGCGGCGGCGGCUAUAAUAGAGGAGGAGGAGGAGGAGGAGGAGGUAGUGGUGGGAACCGUGGUGGAAGAGGUGGCAGUUACAGCAGCGGCGGCGGAGGAAGGGGUGGUUCUUAUGGCAGGGAAGAUAGUGGAUAUGCUCAGGUUCCUCCCCCUCAACCGGCUUCUUAUGGUGGUGCAGGUGCAGGUGGAAAUUACCCCCCACCCCCAAAUUCUUAUGGUGGAAAUAGUAAUUAUGGUUCCGAGCCAGUUCUUCCGCCAAGCUAUGCUGGUGGUGGGCCCAAUUCAUACCCUCCGAGCUAUGGUGCUCCUCCAAAUAGUUAUGGUGGAGAUGGGUCAGGUGAUAUGUGGGGGAGUGGCCGAGGAGGGCCACCGGUUGUAGCUCCUGGCCGGGAUGGUGGCGCCCCCCCUCGACCACCAGUUGGUGGCUAUGGUGGUGCUCCGUUGGAUCCUCCAGCGAAGAUUAAGCAAUGUGAUGGGAAUUGUGAUGAUACAUGUGACAACUCUCGAAUUUACAUAUCAAAUUUGCCGCCGGAUGUUAAUUCGGACGAAUUGAGAGAACUUUUUGGAGGGAUUGGGCAGGUUGGAAGAAUUAAGCAGAAGCGAGGUUACAAAGAUCAGUGGCCUUGGAAUAUAAAGAUAUACACAGAUGAUGGUGGAAAGAGCAAAGGAGAUGCUGUUCUGUCUUAUGAAGAUCCCUCUGCAGCCCAUUCUGCAGGUGGAUUUUAUAACAAUUAUGACUUGAGGGGCUACAAGAUUAACGUUGCAAUGGCGGAGAAGUCUGCGCCCAGGGCUCCACCUGCCUAUGGCCAUGGUGGGGGAGGUAGAGGUGGUUAUGGUGGUGGUGGUGGGGACAGGCGCAGAGACAAUUACAGGGAUGGUGGAGGUUCUGGCCCUGACAGGCAUCACCACGGGGGGCAAAGGUCACGUCCGUACUGAAGAAUCCAUAUUUAAGAGUUGCAGUGACAAGCAUUUCAUGUUAACUAAGAGUGUCAAAAGAGGGAAUUCUCUCAAUUGGUAUUCGCAAGGUUGUACCGGAACCAGAGACUUAAAAGGUAGGUUAUGUGCUCUUCCGAGCAAGAACACCCCCCAUUCGUCUCCUUUGUUUUGCUCUUUUCUUCUACAAGUUGGAGGGUUUUGAUAGAUUGGCUUGAGAAAUUAAUUUGAACUAUGUGAAUGUUUUUAUAGAGGCAAGUGGAUAAUCUCCAAAUUGCUGGUA